AGCGUCAUCGGUCGCGGGUGCCGUAUUCCAAACGUCGAAUAGUACCUUUUUCCACCUACACCUACGCCUUUACAUUCCCCGCGCUCGUCACUUUCCUCUCUCAUUUUCAACUUCUCCAAUUUCUAGGGCACACAAAAAAUGAAACCCGAGUUAUACGAAAUUUCCGACGACGAAUGGGAGAAUCAUUCUUUCAAACCCUCACGUGUUUUAAAACGACCUCGUUCUCCUCCUCCGCCUCUCGAAUCUUUCUAUUAUAAACCACCGCAACCACCUCCUCCUCCUCCUUCUUCUGUGACCGUUUCUGACGACGACGAUUGUGUCGAAAUAACGCGAAAUACCGAUAAUAUCCUUGAUGAAUUAGAUGAUGCUGAAUGUGAUGCGGCGGCUGCUGCUCCGGCAGCGAAACCUGGACGGAGGUUUAUUAUAGAUGAUGAGGAUGAAGAGGAUGCCGGAGGUAGUGGUGGUGUGGAUUUGUAUGAGAUUGAUUCAACUGAAGAUGAAAUUGAGGAAGAUAUUGAAGACGCAAAUGAAGAUGAUUUGGUUGGUAAAGCUUUGCAAAAGUGUGCGAGGAUUUCGGUGGAGUUGAAAGGGGAGUUGUUUGGUUCUUCUGGUGCGGUUUGUGAUAGGUAUUCUGAAGUUGAAUCUUCUUCGGUUAGAAUUGUUACUCAGGAUGAUGUUGAUGUUGCUUGUGGUUCUGAGGAUUCGGAUUUUCAACCGUUGUUAAAGCCGUAUCAGCUUGUUGGUGUUAAUUUUUUGCUGUUGUUGUAUCGGAAGAGGAUUGGAGGAGCCAUAUUGGCAGAUGAGAUGGGCCUUGGCAAAACGGUUCAGGCAAUCACAUAUUUGACUUUGUUGAAUCACUUGCACAACGAUUCUGGUCCACAUCUUAUAGUUUGUCCUGCUUCUGUUUUGGAAAACUGGGAAAGGGAACUAAAGAAGUGGUGCCCGUCCUUUUCUGUCCUUCAAUAUCACGGGUCUGCACGCGCAGCAUACUGCAAGGAGUUGAAUUCCUUGUCCAAGUCAGGAUUGCCUCCUCCAUUUAAUGUUCUUCUCGUCUGUUAUUCACUUUUCGAACGACACAGUGCACAGCAGAAAGAUGAUCGCAAAAUCCUGAAGCGUUGGAAGUGGAGCUGUGUGCUGAUGGAUGAGGCACAUGCUUUGAAGGACAAAAAUAGCUUUAGGUGGAAAAAUCUGAUGUCUGUUGCUCGAAAUGCGAACCAACGCUUGAUGCUGACAGGGACGCCUCUUCAAAAUGAUCUACAUGAGUUAUGGUCUAUGUUGGAGUUUAUGAUGCCAGAUAUUUUUGCUUCUGAAGAUGUUGACUUAAAAAAGUUACUUGGUGCAGAAGAUAAAGAUUUAACUAGUCGUAUGAAGUCUAUAUUAGGGCCAUUUAUUUUACGCCGCCUGAAAUCUGAUGUGAUGCAGCAACUUGUUCGAAAAACACAGAAGGUUCAAUAUGUCAUAAUGGAAAAGCAACAGGAACAUGCUUACAAGGAAGCCAUCGAGGAGUAUCGUGCUGUUUCACAAGCUCGGUUAACAAAAUGUUCUGAUCUGAACCCAAAAAAUGUUCUUGAAGUUCUACCUCGACGGCAAAUAAAUAACUAUUUUGUUCAGUUCCGCAAGAUUGCGAACCAUCCCUUGUUGAUAAGGCGAAUUUAUAAUGAUGAGGAUGUUGUUCGCUUUGCUAGGAAGUUACAUCCAAUAGGUGCUUUUGGCUUUGAAUGUACUUUGGACAGAGUUAUAGAGGAACUUAAAAGUUACAAUGACUUCUCCAUUCACCGGCUUUUACUUAAUUAUGGUACCAAUGAUAGAAAGGGGAUCCUAUCAGAUAAACAUGUUAUGCUUUCUGCGAAAUGUCGGGCUUUAGCGGAACUUCUUCCAUCACUAAAGAAGAGUGGUCACCGUGUUUUGAUCUUUAGUCAAUGGACAUCAAUGCUUGAUAUAUUGGAGUGGGCUUUGGAUGUCAUUGGGUUGACCUACAAACGGCUUGAUGGAAGCACACAGGUAGCAGAGAGGCAAACAAUAGUCGACACAUUCAAUAAUGAUACUUCAAUAUUUGCAUGCUUGCUUUCAACUAGAGCUGGUGGACAAGGCUUAAACUUAACUGGAGCUGAUACGGUUGUGAUUCACGACAUGGAUUUUAACCCACAGAUUGAUAGACAAGCAGAAGAUCGUUGCCAUCGAAUUGGUCAAACAAAGCCUGUAACCGUAUACAGGCUGGUGACAAAGGGAACAGUUGAUGAAAAUGUGUAUGAGAUUGCAAAGAGAAAGCUAGGAUUAGAUGCUGCUGUUCUAGAAUCCAUGGAAGAGAUCAAAGAAGGGGACAUGCCUGAGAAGACGAUGGGAGAGAUAUUGUCCGCAAUUUUGUUAAAUUAUUGAUUGAGCCAAUGGAAAUGCUUUGGUUUAUAUAUCAUUCUCUAUCUUCUACCUUUUCUCCCUAGGUUUGCACUUCUUUCUUUAGUCCCGAUCUUAAUGAUCCAUUUAGACAAAUUGGCCACCCUUGAAAUCGGUACUAAAGACAGCUUUGCCGCCCUAGAAAUUUGUAAGAUUGCCAAAUUGAUGUACACUAGUCUUUAUUCAUGUAUUGAUGACAUGAAUAAUCUCUAUAGGUAGAUAGUUCAAUAGGAGAAAUUAGUAUUAACAAUCACAGUAGAAAUUAGCGUAUUUGUUGAACAUUACUCUUGAAGCAUCUAUGAACAUAGCUCAUGCGUCGAAACUUCGUUCAUUUAUUAAUUGUUGAGUAUUGAAUAUUUA